ACGAUAUUGGGCCUUGUUAUGAUAAUACGUAAUUGUCAUGUGUGGCUCUGCCAGCUGUUUCAGUACUUCAUGUAUCCAAGGGUUAUAUCUCUUCAUAAACAGUCUAAUCACAACACUUCAGCGUCUGAUCUCAAUAAGGCACUGUGGCUGAGAGCUAUCAGACAGAAGAAGUUUGUGUAAAUCCACCAACUCUAACCUCUGCCCCUGGUCAGUCCUAAUGGUUACCUGUUUGUUAUCAAUCAUUGCAGAAUUACCUAUCAGCAGCAGACAGCCUGCUCCACAGUGGGGAGCUUGCUGAGAUUCAGAAUCAGUAUUAUUCACCCGUCAGAGCACACCUGACAUUCCCGUGAUUUAUUUUCAAAUAAAAGUUUAUUCAGUUGCAAUCAAUGUGGAAAGAAGGGACUAAUUACACUUUCUCAAUUAAAGAAAGACUGGUCAUUCCUAUUCCCAGAUAUCUGUCUUGUGGAUUUCUUUAUUUAUGGUAGCCCAUAGCUUGGAGCAGAGUGUGAACUACUUGGAUUAAUAUUUCAUCAGCUACAAUACUAUUAUGUCACAGUAGUGAGUUUGAUGGACUCCAUGACCAUCGGUCAUUUUGAAAAGUGUGAAGCCCCCUGCAGACAAAGUCAAGGGGUCCAUCCUUAGUGGUGUCAAAAUUCUUAUUGGUAUUCUCACUUCCCAAGGAAAAGAAAGGCUCCUGCUGAUUCUGGUGGGCGAGUUGUGAAAGUCAGGGGAAAUACUCUAACCUAAGAACAACUGUGUCCCAAAAUCACUAAACUGGUCACAUGCAGUUUACCUGUGUACAGCUCAUUUAAUAUCGCUUCUAACAGACUGGAGAAAGCUUAAUUUGAAACAGCUGGUCAAGUUUUCUGGUCUGGUGUAGUCAAGUCCUCAAAACUAAAUACAUUCCAUGCGAUGUGGGAGUCGAGAGCUGUGCUAUAAAAGACUUUGGAACCGUCCAAUGACAGAAUACAUCAUCUUCUGCUCAGGAGGCAGUGGUCACGGAUCAGCGACUUCCUAAAGACCCCACCAAACAAUCACAACUACCGAUAUAAAUCAGUGGACAUAAUCGGAGUUAGCACCCCCAGCAAAACUAUUGUAAUCCCUGGAAUUUACUCCACAAGGUUAAAUUGACUGCAUGAGGCGAACAAUCCAAAGGCAUAGCUUCUGUGGUUCACAAAUUAUCAAACUUUUUAACGAGUUCAUCUAACCCCCAGUGAUCAGCAGAUUUUUGCAUUCAAUAUGAUCUUUUAUGCAAGUCAUUGACAAAAAUAUAAUAAAUUGUGAUACUGGGAAAAAAAAUCUCAGAGCUGAAUUGAGUAUGCAGAGAGGAGAAGGCCAUACUUCAAAAGGCUGCUUUGAUUGUUUGUAAACAAAGGAGAUCCACAUCAACUGGAACUUAAAGACAGAACAGUAAUGGAAACAUAACACUGGGGAUGACAAUGCUCCUCUAUAUCUAAGGAAUACAAUAAAACAUUUGUAGUAGUGUCCUCAGAUUGUGUUAGCUAUGAAGCUGGCUGUACCUCCAAUCAUCGUUCUAUAUGGAUUUAUAACAGUGAGCAUAGCCUCUUGGAGUAAGGCAAAAAUUGCAAUGGAUUACAAAGACACAGAAAACUUGGAAAAGACACAGAAAAUUCGUUCCAACUGUGAAGAGGCUUUUUCAUCUCAGAUUUUCCACUGCAUCCAACCAUUUUCUCGUAAAGUCAAACAAUACACACACAUCAAACCAGAAAAUCCUUUUGUUUACCAAAUUUUCAUCAAGCAUGCUUGCAGGAAAUACAAGAAGAUGUUGCUAUGUGUCCAUACAUAUCUGACCAACUGUCCAACAACAUCCAGUUAUACCACUGUCCAAAAAAGCCUUGACCAGUCCUGGGUUCCUGUGGUCAAUCAAAUGUGUAAUAUUAACACAAACUCCUCUAAAGACAUAAUCGAAUCAAAGACAGACCAAACACUUGGAACAAAAACAGUUAGUGCCUCUACGCAAAACCCCCUUCCGUAUUUAAUACACAAUGACUUACCAAUAGAGGGAGACAAAUUCCCUCCACCCAUCGGCAAAAAACCCCAGGACAGUAUUAGUGUUAUCACAUUCUUGGAUAGAAUAGUCUUGCCAGAAUUAGUUAUGGACUCAGGAGUACCUACUACUUUAAAUUCCAAAGACAAACUUUUCAGUGACAUUUCUCAGAAAUCAGUAUCCAAGGACUUCUCCAGCUCAGUGAGGGGGAGGGGUAUCCUACACUGGCUGUAUAUAGUGAUUGGGAAUACAAACUCUGACAACAAAGUUCAGUACCUCAUGGAUUCCAACAGGGCUUAUAACUACGCAAAUGAGGCAGUUUCUAUGUCCCAGAAUUCCUCUGCCAGUCACCUGACACUCAGUGCAAUUGGUAUCUGGCAGGUGCUUGUGACUCUGAUGAUUCUCUGUCUCUGAAUUGUCUCCCUUGAUUUCAUCAACUACACUUUUUGUGUUACAGACAAUGAAACAUGGCAAUAUGUGCAAUACUUAUAAGAUGUGUUGUUCUACGUCAGCUCAUGGUGGAUAGUAAUCAGCAGAAACUAAUAGUGAAUGAAUCUGUAAGGGUAAAAACCCUCUUAUAUUCACAGGUGACUGUUCAUCAAAAUCCAUAUAUCAUCAUAAAAAUGGCUCAUUUCUCCUUUGUUUUUGUGGCUCUCUGUCUGUGAUGUAUUGAUGAUAUUCCACCUAGAUCUGGGUUUUUAGUCCUCUCCUGUAAGGUACUGUACAGGGUAUUGGAGAAAAAGUAUUAUAUUUAUAUUUUAAAAAUGUACAUACUUCUGUAUAUACGUAAAUGUAUAUAAAAAAAAUAAAAUCAUGUUUCAUUCAC